AAUAAGAUGAUGGAUCAAGAGACUUGCAUAUAUUGUGAAGGUCACACGGACGCAGUAGUGGACCUGUCCUUCAGCAAGGACCUUGGAUCUGGCUUUUGCAUGGCCUCCGCGGGACUCGAUGGAUUGGUAAUGCUGCGACAUGGGGACACAGGCAAAGGCAUUGGAUCACUGCGAAAGCACAGAGAGGCAGUGUGGAGCGUGUCCUUGAGCGAGGAUGGCAAGAUGCUGGCCAGCGGCGGUGGCGAUUGCACAGCUCGAGUCUGGGAUGCCAUCCUGGGCAGGCAUCUGUCGAAGUUCAGGCAUCCGGAGACAGUGGCCUGCUUGGAGUUGGAUUCGCGGGGCCAUCGCCUGGUGACCGGCUGCCUUGGUCUGGAGCCCGUCAUCAACCUCUUCGACCUGCAAAGCUUGGACAAGACGCCCCUGAUGUCCUUUCGGGGUCACCACCGCGGCGUGAGGGAUCUGACCUUCUGCUUGGAGGAACGCUGCGUGCUCACCUCCUCCUACGAUCGCCAUGUGAAGUUGUGGGAUUGCCUGAGUGGCCACAGGACCCACUCGAUUGUCCUGCCGCACCAUGUCAAGUCCAUGGAGCUCCACCAGGGCGGGGAGAUAGUGACCAUCUCCUAUGGCAAUAGUCUGAUCUUUCUGGACUCCAAGCAGUUCGAGGUACUAAAGCAUCUCAAGAUGGACUACAAAGUGACUGCGGCCACGCUGAGUCCCAACAAGGAAAUCUACAUAUGCGGCAGCAACAAGGGUAGCGUCUACAAGUACAAGUAUGCCACGGACAUUAUUGUGGAGUCCUACUUUCUGGUCGAAGGAAUCGAGGUUUGCUCCUUGAAGUUCAGUGCGGCCGGCGAGGUAUGUGCCAUUGGGGCAAUGGAUGGAACAACCAUACUGUGGCGACAGAACAAGGACAGGAAGUAUGGUCUCUGGAAUACUUUAACUUCAUCGGACGAAGAUGAUGAGGAUGACUCCAUCAGUUAAAUGCCACUGCACAACUGUACUAUGCCCGCUUUUCAUUAGACUUUGAAUCGGGUUCUCGUUUUUGGUUAAUUUCGUUUUUUGUUCAGUUGCUCCUCGUUCCCCAUAAUCGAAAUCAGAAAAGGGUCACGUUCCUUUUCCCUUUAAUAAAUUUGUUUUGUGAUUGAAAACCCCCAAA